AUGACUAUCAAUCCCACAUAUCUCGCGCAGCGAACGCGCCAAUCUAUCAACUGGACAGACGCCAAGGCCAGAGUGCGCAAGUCCUACCGAGAAUGGCUCCGAGCGUCCCCCGAAAUCCAGACCAUGUACUCCCUAAACCUCCCAGUCUCCGCAAUCCGUACAAAGAUUCGCCAACAGUUUGAGCAACACCGCUAUGUGAGCCAGAUCAAGGUUAUCGAUGUGCUUUUGUACAAGAGUCAUGCCGAGUUUCAGGAAACGUUGAACUACUGGAAGCAGCUUUCUCAAGUUAUGAAGUACUUCCGAGCCGAGGAAGAGCCUGCUGCUAGGCUGCCACGGAAUUUCAUCACCGGGUUCCUGGAGGGCCGCAACUAA